AGCGGUUUCAAAAGAGACGCAUGCGCACUGAGGGGUUUAGCCGCUGCACUUCCUGCUUGCUGUGAGCACUCUUCGCGAUGAUGGCUCCAGUGAAAGCCUCCCUGAUUUCUGCAGUGGUAGCAGUGUUCCUGAGUCCAGCUGUUCUCGCGUUUGUAGAGGAUCUGGAUGACUCGUUCAAAGAUUCCAGAGUCAAUGAUAUCUGGUUGGUCGAUUUCUAUGCCCCGUGGUGCGGCUACUGUAAGAAGCUGGAGCCCAUCUGGUACGACGUGGGGGUGGAGCUAAAGAGUUCAGGGUCCCCGGUACGUGUGGGAAAGAUGGACGCCACAGCCUUCUCUGGUAUGGCAUCAGAGUUUGGUGUCCGCGGUUACCCCACAAUUAAACUGUUAAAAGGCGACCUGGCCUAUAAUUACAAGGGACCCAGGACAAAAGACGACAUUGUGGAAUUCGCCAACAGAGUGUCAGGUCCAGCGGUCCGAGCUUUACCCAGUAAGCAGAUGUUCUCUCACAUGCUCAAACGCCACACGGUACUGUUCGUCUACGUGGGAGCAGACUCACCGCUACGAGAGAAGUACAAUGACGUGGCCUCCGAGCUCAUAGUCUACACGUAUUUCUUCUCUGCUGCAGAGGAGGUCCUGCCAGAGGAGGUGACUCUGCCGGAGCUUCCUGCUGUCGUAGUUUUCAAAGAUGGAGGAUAUUUUACAUACGAUGAGUAUGCGGAUGGCAGUUUGUCAUUGUGGGUGAACAAGGAGCGCUUCCAAGGGUACCUCCAAAUCGAUGGCUUCACGCUGUAUGAGCUGGGAGAAACAGGCAAAUUGGUGGCCAUCGCGGUUAUCGACGAAAAGGACCCCACGGAGGAGAGCGGCAGAUUAAAGGGCUUGAUCCAGAGGGUGGCCAAGGAGUACAGGGAACAUUUUAACAGAGACUUCCAGUUCGGCCACAUGGAUGGGAACGACUAUAUCAACAGCCUCAUCAUGGGAGAGGUGACGGUGCCCUCGGUCAUCAUCCUGAACACGUCCAAUGAACAGUACUUUCUGCCGGAAGAGCCAGUGCGGACCAUGGAGCAGCUGGUCCAGUUCAUCAACAGUGUGCUCAACGGUUCUGCACAGGCUUAUGGAGGGGACGGCUUCAUUCAGCGAAUCAAGCGCAUAGGCUUCGACGCCCGAUCCACUAUUAUGUCGGUGUUCCGUAGCUCCCCCUUGCUCGGCUGCUUUCUGUUCGGCCUGCCCCUCGGUGUUAUCAGCCUCAUGUGCUAUGGCAUCUGUACGGCCGAAAUCAAUGACGCUGCCUCCGAAGACAUGGACCCGCAAAAGAGGGAGGGGCUUACCGACGAGGAGGAGGAGGAAGAAGAGGAGGAGGAGGAAGGGGCGGAGCUACACCAGCUCGAGGGCCCUGAGGAGGGAGACGAAAUGGACGAUAAAGACCCGCAAGAGAAGAAGACGGAUUAACGGAGGGUGUCAUAGGUCUUAUGUAAUGCGCUGAUAUGAAAACUCAAAGAUAUGGUGGUGUUUCUUUGGUUUUCAUGUCACGUCUGUCUAACCAGCCUCCUUUCCACUGGCUCUUUUGGGUAGAGUCAGUGUGAAAGGGCAGGAGAAAACUGGAGACAUCAUAAGAAAUAGCCUUUUUAUAAGAAAAAUAAACAAGCGUCAAGAGCAGAAGGGAGACCAAAAGCUGGUAGUGUGUUUAUUCUGACAUCCAACAGCUCCUCUCGUUUUAUCACGUCUGAGCCCUUCGUUAAGCCUUGAUCCAUGUCUUUGAUGCUUUAAAGGGGAAGUAAGUGAUGGUUCGGUUAAAGAAAAAGUUUGUACUAUCACUGCUACACUUGCUGCAGUGCCAGAAAUUGAAAUAAGUUCUUUAAUGAGUUCUAUCCAGUUAUAUGGUUUAAAAGCGUACGAUGUAACACUAUGUAAAAUCUUCCUAAAGCUAACAAAAGCUAGCAAAAUUUCAUCUGCCAAAAGCAAAAUUUGUACAAGAUGUAAUGCAAGCUAACUGCCAAUCACUAGCCAGCCAUAUCAUAAAUGUCAAAAUAGUGUGGACAGUGUUCAUAUAACUACUGACCUUGCACAUUUGCUAGUUUUAGCAAAUAUUUUUACAGUACACAAUUCAUUCUGUAAUGGCAAAUAUGGAUUAGAAAUAAAUAAAAACAACACAACUGACCAAAAUAUAAAAAUUCUUGAUCUUACUUCUCCUUUAAGAUUUUGUUUUGUUAUAUCUUGUCAUAUUUUGUUUACAAUUCUCAAAGCCUACUUGUCAGAUUUUGCCUUUAAAAUGUUCACCCAGUGUAGACCAUAUCAUGCAUAGACCAGCGAUGUAUAAAAAGCUUCAAAAGUGCCCAAGAUGGCGUUAUCGGCCAUAGCUUAAAAUUAGGCAUGCACAUAUAUUAGCUAAACCAUGCCUUUCUCCAAUCUACUCCUCAUGUAUCCACGCUUUUACACAACCUAGAAUGUAGAAUGUAAUUUGUGUUGUCCUGUCAGAUACCGCACAAUGAUCUCCACCCCCUUUUCUUCGACUUGCUAACAAUCCCAAGUGAAGCCGCAGCGGACAUGUACAGCAGCCAGUCGUAACAUGCACCAGUAACUCCCACGUCUAUUAAACACCAUAUGCCCGAGAUAGACAGGCUCUGUUCGGGCCCAUAUUUCAAUCUUUGCUCCCAUCUCUGUUGCUAUAUUGAAUCCAGGACUUGCAUUUGACAUCCCAGGGCACACAAACCUGCUUUUAGACCUGCGCAUGUCGUGCAGUGUACAACUGCUAAAAAGAAUCCAAUCUUUCAGUGGAAAGUUCAGUUUCCGUUGGGAUUGACCGAGCCAAAAUUUGAUAAGCAGAUACUGGAUUAUAUAGUGGGCUUAUUAUUUGGUACAGCUGUUCUGAUUGCAUUGCGUUAAAGAUGUGAUAUGUAACUUUUCUGGUUGGGGGUGACCUGCUCUUUCUUUGCAUGGAUGUUUCCCAACAAAACAUGGAAAGUAUUAUUUAUGAGAUUUGGUUUUCGAAAACAUUUCACUAGGUUUGGAUUUUGAAAUUGACUUUACAAUCAAAAAACUAUACCAAGCUGAUAUAUAUUUUUUUUCAACUCUAUUAUCAACAACUUGAACCUGAAAAUUGACACCAAUCAAACUAUUGUCCUUAUUCAAUUCAAUUCAAUCACACCCACCAAUGACUUCUUGAUGGUUACUAUCCAACCACUCCUAGAACUGGUAUAAACUGGAUUUUCCCCCUCUUUUUAGGGCAUCCUCUGAGCUGUAGUGCGCCGAGUGGAAAUAUGUGGAUAUCAGCAGUUUCUAAAAUUAUCAGACCAUUUCUGGCCUGUCUGGCACCAACAACUGUGUCAUGUUCAAAGUCACAUAAUCCACCUUUCACUAUUCGCUAUUUUUACACCUGGCUCAGCGGUUUGUGUAGGGAAUUUGUACAAUAUAUCGACUAGUAAGCUAAUAAAAAAAAAGAUUUAUUGAGGGCUUUUCAGCAUACUUAAAAUAGGUAACAUUGUAGUAGGAUGGGGACAUGUCUUGCUCAAGGACACGACAAAAUGCACAAUAUGGUCGGCGCUGGAAUCAAAUCGGUUACCUUUGGGAUUGUGGGCGGUGAACACUAUAGCCACCACUCUUGCCCAUUGGAGUAAGGUUGUGAAAAGAACUACAUAGACUGCAUAUGAUCUUUUGCUGUUUAAAUUGCUUGUUUCCAUUCUUAAGUUGUUGCUUUGCUUGGAAUGUUUCACAGUAUGGCAUUAAACAUGGCUUCCUUGCACGUAUUGAGGUUAUAGUUUUUUGUAUUGCCUGAAAGAAAACACAGCGUUCAUACAUUCUGUCUGUGAAUGAAGUUGAAUCUCCACAGAUCUGACCUGUUCCUUGGCCUGCAUGUCUCAUAGAUAUAUUUAAGUUUAAUAUGCUGAACAUUCCAGGCUAAGCAAUGGCGUUUCUAUGGACACCCUAAACCAGAAAAGUUAUAUAGUGUACCUUUAACCUUACCUUGUACCAUUGUGUCUUUUAAUGUGGCUCGUAUAAUAUCCCAUAGGCUGUGACUAUUAGACAAUUUAAUACUGUGCAUUUCUUUCAACAAAUCUGCGUGGACUUUGAUGUAACAUAAAGGGGUACAAAAGGCGGUUUGAAAUGAGGAAUGAAAGCAUUCUAUUACGGGCUUGGUCUCCAGGCAAUGUCACUUUGAAAAGAUGAGAUGAAGGAAUUACAAUCAGAUAGUCGACCUUGGAAAGUAGAUUUUGCUUUAAGAGUUUAACAAAAGUCAGAUAUUUAAGAUGUAUGUACAACUACAAGUCACACCCUCCACAGGAGACCAUGUUUGUGAACCAAAUAUAGAAAUUGAAAUGUUUUUAGAAUUCCUUCAUCAUCAUUCCUUCCACCUUUAAUGACAUGGGCUGGUUUUGGUGUCCUUCAAAAUGCUAGUCUUGGUGCAAUUCACAGCCCAUAAUAGGUUUAAUAUGGUUCAAAUGUAAUGUAAUUAAAAGAUUUGGCAAACCUUGUAUUGUUGUAAAUGAACUAAAUUCUGAAUAUUAGUUUUGAUUUGGGUAGAUUUGUCAAUUUCUUUUACCAUAUUUUUACUCCUUUGGCAUAUAAUUUAAUUUGAAAUGAGAAAAAUAAACCAGCCAGUAAUCAUGCUGAAGUUAAUAUUUAUAUUAAUAUCAAGAUUCAUAUUUUCAAUGUAUUAGUGUAUUCAGUGAAUCAUUGGUUCCAUGUCGUCUCCUGGAAAGGCUGUGACUUCUAGAUAAUUCUGUAUACGAAUAUUUUUAUAUACUGUAAAUGGCAAACUUCUGUAUAGAAAUCAGACUACUGUAUGCUUAAGGGAACAUGUGUGUUAAGGGAACCAGCAUUAUAUCAGUCAUGCUAUUUUUGAAUAAAUACACCAUAAAGAGAGAGUUUGGAUCAAAGCAGAACUCUGCAACUUUCUUGUUUUUUUGUUUUUGUGUAGCGCCCCUUAUGUUUUGAGUAAAGCACUAGCAUAAACAUGCAAGUCCAUUGCGUAGGUUUACUUUUUUCCCUACAUCUAUUUCUGUCAUUUGGUUUCUCAUUCAAUUUUGAGUGAUACAAUUCAAUGCUAGCUUGUUUUUUGGCUUUAAUCAUAAUUUGGCAACCAGCUUUCUGUGUGAUUUCAUUUUACUUCAUUCAUGGUGCUAAUUCUUGGAUAUCUGGGUUUUUUUUUUACAAGAGAGGCCAGAGCAGAGUUUUGCCGUUGUGGUAUCAGAUAAAAAACUCUUUAUAAUUAGAUGCAGACGUUACAGAUGGCACCACAAAAGGAGACUUAUUCCGACCGCAAGAGCUGCUUAUACAAUAUGUCUGUACUGGGGCAAGGCAAAUUUUGAAAUACAUGGAAAAAAGUUACUGAGUUCUGCUUUGUCAAAUGGACUCAUGCUGUUUUUUUCAUACAUAUAUAUUCACUGGAUUUUGCUGUUACUUUAUGUAGUUUCUUCCAAUUUCAGGCAUCCAUUUUGAUCCUUUUGGUCUGGACUAUAGCACAAUACUGUCUCUCUCCUCACCUUCUCGCAGUUCUGUAGUUCAUACUCUCCCAGAAUCUUUCUUCUUUAGUUCAAAUCAAGAUUGUCAGACUUUAUUACCAGUUUGAAAGAUUUAAAAUAAAGAUUGUCAUUUUUUUCCCUGGUCGUAGCUCUUCUGUUGAUCCAACAUGCGGUAGAACAAUGCACCUGGCUUACAUUGAGACAUCUGCUGUGAAGUCUGUAUCCAAUUAUCGCACAUAAAUCCCUGUUCCAUCAGAGUAAUGUGAGGUAAAGGUGUCUACUCAAUUAUGGUGGCAUAAUCACAUCUCCGCAUCCGUGCUUGAUUGUAUUAGUUGGACCAAAACUCAUUUAUUUCGCUUUUCUAUAGGGAGC